GGAGAGUCAUUUCUCUGCUUUCAUCAUAUGGGUCCCAGAGAUUCCACCCCAUCAGGCUGACAGCAAGCACCUUUAUCCACUGAGUCAUCUUGCUGGCCCACAAAUUCUUCUUCUCUAAGUUUUAGGCAACGCAAUUAAAUCUGUUACCCUUUGGAAUUCUAACCCCACGAUGGCUAAAUAUAAUCUAGCGCUAGGCCAUCUAAUGUGGUAACCAUUGUAUAUGACUACUGAGGGUUUGAACCAUUAUAUGUGACUAUUGAGGUGUGAUCUAAGUGUAAAAUACAAAUUAGAAGUCUGAAAUAGGGAAAAAAUGCAUAAUAGUCUAUUAAUGUUUAUAUUAAUUACAUGUGAAAAUGAUACUUUGAAUGUAUUCUAAAAUAAUUUCACUAGGUUAUGUAUAUGGUUCCUAUUAUAUUUCUAUUGGUAAGUGUUGAUCUAUGAGAUUCAAGUUAUUCAGACAAUCAGUGUAUGUUUUCCAUUAUUGUUCCUUACCCAUUAUGAAGGUCCAGUUUACCUGGUAUUUUCUAAUAUCUCCCAAUGUGUCCUUAUCUCAACUAAAAAUGUAGUUACUGCAGCAACUGUCACAACAGGUUAUAUGGUAUUUACUACACCUGCAGGGUGAGACAUAAACAAAUGCCAAUCAUUCCCCUCAGAUUUUCCUCACACAUAUCUGGGGCUUUGCAAGCCAGAGCAGGAAAGAGACCUGACUGCUAAUUCCUGCCUGUGUCACUGGCUUCUCCGACUCUAGUAAAGGUAAUAGUGAUCCCUCCAGCUCACUUCAGAGAGGUAUAUAGGUAGUUAUGAAGGCAUCUCAAAGGUGACUCUAAAGGCAUACCAUCCAUCUACCGAUAAUGUCUUUAAGGUUGGUCAUGGGAUCAGUUUCCUCUGGAAGAUGUGGAUAGAGGAUAAAGGAAAACACAGAGACUGAAUUAGUGUCUAUUCCCAAAGACAGUAAUUAUCCUUUUCAAGUCCAUCCCAGAUCUUGCAGCAAAGCCCAGUUAACUUGGAGACUGGAGGAACCAGAAGUCACUAUGCAUAAAAAGUAUCUUGUUAUUUUGUGAAACAGACCAACGGGAUAGGGUUUUGUAAAUCUGGUCGUCAUGUUAUGUUUGUGUAAUUUCAACCUCAUUUUUGCAAAGAGCCUGUCCAUUCACAGCCAGUUCUCAAUGGCCCCUCAGCAGGCAUCGUUUGGCAAGAGAAGGUAGAUGUAAAUCGGGGAGAUUGGAACAAGAUGAAAUGAGUCCCAUUCCCUUCACUCAGGAGUGUGGUGGCUUCAAGAGAUGCCAUUUGGCCUUGGGGAUUGUGAUGUGGUUGGGGGUGGAAGCUGGAGGUUUCCCUUUCCAUAGCAAGCUAUCGCUUUUACUUGACCAUCAUGGUUCUUUGAGGUGACUGGGGAAGGGUGUAGGCGGAUCAGACUCAGGGGAGGUGGCUAAAGACCCCCUCAAGUCACUCUUUGACUCCUAGAACUUAGAAAUGUGGUAGCAGGAGUAAACACCACAGGAUUUAUAAUCUCUGUGUUAUAAAGCUAUGAGGCUUUUCACCUCUGGGUUCAGACAACCAUCUGAAAUCAUCCAAUACCCACUCUCAAGAAAGGUACUGCAGUUACAUCCUGAGAAAUCCAAGCUUGCCUAGUGCCAUCAUUUAGGAGUCCUGUACCCAGGAAUCAAAGAAAAAAAAAAAAAAAAAAAAAAAAAGAGCACACUGCAGAAAAGCAGUAGUCCCCAAACGAAAAUUCUGGAAACGUUAACUGUCUUUGUUUGGUGUUUUGAGUGCCUUCCCACUCUGGGGUUAUAGAUGCUCCCUGGGGAUCUGGCUGGGGACUUAAGGUGGGGGGGUGUUGCUCCCAGAUCAGUUUAAAUUACAUAAUGGAGCCAGGAGAGUCGGGUGAUGGGAUUGCUAAUUCCCUUUAGAAGGAGACAAACUGCAUAUUUAAAAGCUCAACAAAUACUCAAAAAAGGAAGAAAAAAAAAAAAAAAGCAGCAGCUCAGGCAGUGACUGUGAGUUCCAGACUUCUCCAUGGCUGAGUCCUUGGGAUCCUCCCAAGCUGAGCCAGUGGAGCUGCGGGCUGAGUCUCAAGACUCACAGAGCUUGGGGGCAGUCAAGUGCAGGUCCAGGGUCUGGGUUGGAUCCCCGGGCUACUUUCUCUUUCACUUCGAAAUGUCCCUUGCUUCCAAAACCGGUGGCCUCCCAAUUCGAGUGAGAAGCUGUACUCCUUGGAGACCCCGGGCUCUGUAAAGCUGAGGAAGUGGAGAGGCUGGCGGCAAUGCGUUCUGACUCGCUGGUCCCGGGGACGCACACCCCACCUAUCCGGAGGAGGAGUAAGUUUGCCAAUCUGGGAAGGAUUUUCAAGCCUUGGAAAUGGAGGAAGAAGAAAAGUGAAAAGUUCAAGCACACAUCAGCAGCUCUGGAAAGGAAGAUAUCGAUGAGGCAGAGCAGAGAGGAGCUGAUCAAACGAGGGGUCUUGAAGGAAAUCUAUGAUAAAGAUGGAGAGCUCUCCAUUUCGAAUGAUGACGACUCCCUGGAGAAUGGCCAGUCCCUGAGCUCCAGCCAACUCUCCCUGCCUGCCCUGUCGGAAAUGGAGCCUGUACCAAUGCCCAGGGACCCCUGCUCGUUUGAGGUGCUCCAAGCUUCAGAUAUCAUGGAUGGACCAGUGUCUCAAGAGAGUCCCUCUGCCAGUGAGUCUGGAGUCCUCCUGUCCCAAGAUCCUUCAGCCAAACCAGUUCUGUUCCUGCCCCCCAAAAAACCUGCUGCUUUCUCUGGAGACCAUGAGGAGACCCCAGUGAAGCAGUUGUCCCUUCUCAAGCAGCCCCCGGCCCUGCCUCCCAAACCCACUGCCCGGAUUGCCAACCACUUAACAGAUCCUGGCGCCCCUGUGAAAUUGCCUUGUCUGCCAGUGAAACUGUCGCCUCCGCUACCUCCAAAGAAAGUCCUGAUCUGUAUGCCCGUAGGGGGGCCGGAGCUCUCCCUGGCAUCCUACGCAGCCCAGAAGAGCAGCCAGCAGGCCGUGGCCCAGCACCACCACACUGUCCUGCCAUCCCAGAUGCAGCACCAGCUGCAGUAUGGCAGCCAUGGCCAGCACCUCCCGUCCUCCACCGGCACCUUGCCCAUGCACCCCUCGGGCUGCAGGAUGAUCGACGAGCUGAACAAGACACUGGCUAUGACCAUGCAGAGGCUGGAAAGCAGCUCCGAGCAGCGAGUCCCCUGUUCCACUUCUUACCACAGCUCUGGUUUGCACUCAAGUGACAGUGUCACAAAAGGAGGACCCCUGGGACUUCCGGAAAUAAGACAAGUGCCAACUGUUGUGAUUGAAUGUGAUGACAAUAAGGAAAACGUGCCUCAUGAAUCCGACUAUGAAGACUCAUCCUGCCUGUAUGCACGGGAAGAGGAGGAAGAAGAGGAGGAAGAGGAUGAUGACACCUCACUGUACACCAGCUCUCUGGCCAUGAAGGUCUGCAGGAAGGACUCCUUAGCCAUCAAACUCAGCAACAGGCCCUCUAAGCGAGAGCUGGAAGAAAAGAACAUCCUCCCCAGACAGACUGAUGAGGAGCGGCUGGAGCUCAGACAGCAGAUUGGCACCAAGCUCACCAGGCGGCUGAGCCAGAGACCCACCGCAGAGGAACUGGAGCAGAGAAACAUUCUGAAACCUCGGAAUGAACAGGAAGAGCAGGAGGAAAAGCGUGAAAUCAAGAGGAGGCUGACUCGAAAGCUCAGUCAAAGGCCCACAGUGGAAGAACUUCGAGAAAGGAAGAUCCUCAUCCGCUUCAGUGACUACGUGGAGGUGGCAGAUGCCCAGGACUAUGACCGCAGAGCGGACAAGCCGUGGACCCGACUCACAGCUGCUGACAAAGCCGCCAUUCGAAAGGAACUUAAUGAGUUCAAAAGCACUGAAAUGGAAGUCCACGAGUUGAGUAGACACUUGACAAGGUUUCAUCGACCAUAACAGUGGGAUUACUCUUGAGUGCUCUGCUGUCUUCAAAACAUAAAUUUAUAAGAACCAUAAGUGCUGGCAUUUGUCCACUUCCCCAUUACGAUGUAAAUCUGAACUGCCUUUUUUAAAAAAAGAAAAAAAGAAAAGAAAGAGAAGAAAACAGAAGAAGAAGAAGCGAAAGGAGACACAAUCAGGAGUCUAUGUGCAGGAAUACCAUGGUGGCCACUCCUCAGUCAGAGUUGCUGGCACCACUUCUGCUAUGGAAAGGUGGUCCUGCCCCCAGCAGGGCCCUACCUGAACACUGUCCAGGGACUGCCUCAUCCCCCUCAUCCAGCCAGCAGGCACCACACUGGUUCAGUCUUCAGUGAACCCCUUCCUCACAAGGGACUGUUGCCUGAAUCCAAAGAAGCCAAGGGCGGUGGGUUUGGCAUGGGAGCGGCUUGGUGAAAAUCAUAAUCCAGCUGGUCUAGAUUCUGUCAGACACACAGGCUCCAGAUGGGACAUUUACUUUAGGGGCCCUUGAGAGGAGGAUUCUCGAAAAGCAGAAGACAUCUCUCAGUUACUGCCCCCCAACACACACACACACACACAAACACACACUCAUGCACACAUUCACACACUUGUCCUGGGGGGAACCUGUGCAGGCACUUUGAUCCUAAGCGUGUGUGCUGUGGGCACAGGAGGUCAGUGAGCAUCUACUUUGACCCCCAGCCCGAUCUGAACUGCCUUCCAGAAGACUGAGGAAUAGCGGCUGCCUGCUCAGUUCACAUUCAUUGACCAGCUUACGUUGGGAAAACCCAGGGCCAUGGGUGAUCCACACAUAAAUGCCAUUUCUAAGGUUCCCUGUGGCAUUCAUGAGUAUGAGCUGACCAGAGGCUGGGGUCAGAAACUCUACUUGGCCCACAUUUUUCAUUGGCCUUGUAGCACCCCUGGGACAGUAACGAUGUGACUUGGCGGUUUUAAUAACUUCUGAGUACAUGGAGGCCAGAGUUGGGGACCAAUGUCCCAGUGCCUCUCCAGGGCCUUCCACUCUUCUGUCUGUUCACUGAGGAGCUUCUGCAGAGAGAGCCACAUCUUAGCAAAGCUAACACCGGGCAAAACUUUUCCAGCCAUGACUGUCCGUGGUGUCCCUUGCUGCUCCUCUUAUCCAGAGAGAUUCAGUCUUCUCUCUUUCUCUCUCUCCUGGGAUGUGCCUCCAGCCGCCCUGUUGACAGGGCCUCCAAAGGUUGGGUGUGCACUGAAAAAAGGACACCCCAGACCCUACGGAGGCCUGCGGCAGCUCUGUUGUCCUGCCUAAUGGAGCUCACAGACCCUUGGGUGCAAAGCUCUGCCUCAACCCCAACGGUGUGUUCAGCUUUCAGAAUCACCACGGUUUCACUAGGCGAUGGCUUACUCCCCAUCCAACAUCUUUCUAGGAUUUAGAAAGAUGUCAGCUAGCCAUUCUGGCCAGCCCCAAAAAGUUGUCCCCUUGUCAAACCAGUUGGGAGUGUGUCACUCUUAGGACACAGCACCCAUCAGUGAGGCCGUCACAAUUUUCUGGAGCAUUAAUGGCUUCACGGCCAGAUGUUAACCCAGGAACCAGACGGAGUCAGAGGAAAGCUUGGAUCAGCCCUACAGGUAGUGUCAAUGCAGCUGCUGCUCUCCUAGCACCAUCUGGACCAAACACACUUCUGUCCAGUCCAAAGACACCACCAUCACUGGAUCUUUCUAUCAUCAUCAUCAUCAUCAUCAUCAUCAUCAUUAUUAUCAUCAUUUGAAUGUCCAGAGGGGUAUUCAGGGAAAGUGUGGCAGGGACCUCAGCGUGGCUGUAAACACAGUCUUCCCGAAAGGCUUACUGACUUUUGAAUGUGCACGUGGUAGGAGGAAAGAUGCAGAAUUCUUUCCUUGAACUUCCCUAGGGUGGAGGGUAGGCACGUGUUCUGGGUGGAGGUCUCUGCCUGGCGGGGCUCGAGAGCUGCACUUCCUCUAAGUAGCAGCUGUGCUUUAGGCUGCUGUGGUGUCCCAGCCUGGCAGGCAGGCCUUCCCCAGGCAGGAGGAGUCCUAAGGACCUCCUUGGCCUCCCUGCUGGCCUCGGUUCUAGGGCCCUUCUGCUUGCCUGGGGACAGAAGCCCCAAACUCAUCCAUCUCCCAGCUGCUAGCCAGCAGCCGCCACCAUUCCUUCAGCAUGCCCUGGAGUUGCCCUCCUCUUUAUAUACAGAAGUAGUCGGACACAAUGCCCACAUCAUUUCCUGUAGGGCACCCUUUGGCAGAAGCCACUUGCUCAGAGUUAGGGGUGUGCCUCGCAUGCUCCUAAAAUGUCAUGUCCUUCGGGGAUCAGCUACUUUAAGGCCAUGAUAAGUGGUUCCUACCCAGGCUCAGCAGCCUCGCCAGCUGUGGGAUGGCACGUCCCCUCUCCUUCUGAAAACCUGGAGUCUUCAGGGAGCUGUAACCCCAUUUCUCCCACUGUUAGGACAACUCAAGUGACUUGAAUUACUUCUAAAGGGGACAAUUUGACAUUAAUUAGGGAGGGAAUAAAAGGCAAGCUAGAUGGCUUUAACCAUCCCUUUCUGGAAAAGCUGCAGCGCCUCUACAUUCCCAUCUGAGCACUGUGGGGUUCGGGUUAGCAAGAAAGGGGAAACCGUGAAAUGUGUCAGACCUUGUUCUCUUCUUAAAAUCGGGCAUUGCUGAAAACCGCAUCCCAGGUCCACUCCCCUGGCAGAAGAGCCUGCCAUCCACAAACUGGCCUUUCCAAAAUCCUGAUCAUUUUAUCCCUAGACACCCUGAGAGCCUUGCCAGGUUUUUAGAACGUGAGCCUUUCUGCCAGAUAGAGAAGCCAAACAACACAAUGGUCCGUGUGAGGAGACGCUCGGAGUUUCUUUCUCUCCUGCUUAUGAACAUGUGUUUGUCCUUUCGGAAUGAGCAUCGUGGCGUGUUGCUUCGAGGAACGGGAUCCCAGGCUCUCCCUGUGCACAGCCCGUGGGCAGGGGUCACCUUCGAUGACUUUUCCCUCCCAUGAAUCUGUUCCUCCCCAAGCAGGUCGCUUUCUUCCAGUUGCUUCCUGGUGUCUGUACAUAGUUGUCUUUGUAUAGGAGUGCGUGAGUGUGGUGACCGUCGACCCCGUGCCCUCCAGGGUUCUAAUUUAACAGAUGACGACUGUAUGAGGAAGAUGCUGUACAUAGAAUAUAAAUUAAACUGGA